AUGCACGACACUGCGGCAAAAGCAAUACAAUCAUUUGUGGUAGGCCUCGAAUGCGACCUUCGUCGAUUUCCUGUCCCCGACGAUCCCAAGUUGAUUGACGCCGCACAUAAAGCCUGUCUCCAGCAUAUUCCCUCUGAGGAACAUCGUCGAAAGGUCAUUCCCCUCCUAUCCGUGGCCUUGCUCUGUGCGACACAGGUGUACCCAAGCCUUCCCUUUGAAGUGCGACUUCUGAUCACUGUCUAUACCGCCAUGUUUGCAUACAUCGACGCUUACGAUGACGAUGACCUGAUCCGCAAUCUCGAUCAAUUUGCCAUAUACUUUAGCAGGGGCGCUACCCAGACAGACCCGUGCCUGAACUACCUAGCACAUCUACUCGCGGUAGAAGUGCCGAACCUUUGGGGUCCAGUUGCCUGUUCAUGCAUAGUGAAAGCCACGAUGGAUAUGGUAGCCGGCUCCCUACUCGAAAAACGCUUCCCAUCGGGGUUCGAGCGACUCGCGCAGAAUUUCCCGGCGUUUUUGCGUCGCAAGACCGGGGACUCAGAAGCCUACGUUCUGUUCAAUUUCCCGGAGUUGCUUUUCCCUGAGUCAGAGUACCUAGGCCUAUACAUACAUUCUCUUCCCGGCGCAAUCGAAAUCAGCGACUUUAUCAAUGACAUCAUGUCUCAUUACAAGGAGUCGAUUGUAGGUAAUGAACAGAACACCUACAUUGUCAACGAGGCAAGGAGGCAGGAACGCUCGUCGGCUGAGAUCCUCGAUCAAACCUGCCAGAACACUUGGGCGAUGCAUCAGCAUCUCCAGCAGAAGCUUGCAGCUGCAGACGAACGAGUACUGCAGGCUUAUUGCUCGUUCGUGGAUGGGAUGGCAGGCUACCACAUUGUGGAUCCUCGCUAUCGGCUGGGUGAGGUAGGCUUGGCUAUCAAGGAUGGGAUCUUGUUUACGAAACACGAAAUGAGCGGGCAAGGCAUACGAUCCCAGUCCAACACUUUUCCCGGGCACCGUGGAAUGUGA